GAGGACUACACAGCCCCGGGUCCUGGCGUGAGGCGGCGACGCUGACAGCGGCGGCAGGGCACGGAGCGAAGUACGGCGGCUGCGGCGCACUCACACCGUCUGUCUGGUUUAGUAUGUGUGUAUGAGUGAGUGUUUUUUCAAGGUUUAACGUAAAGUUGACGUUCGGAAGCAUGCAGGCAGAAUCGGGAAUUGUUCCCGACUUCGAGGUGGGAGAUGACUUUCAGGAGGAACCGAAGACGUACUACGAACUGAAGAGUCAGCCCCUGAAAAGCAGCAGCCCAUCGGACCAGCAUGGCUCCUCCAAGCCCCCGCUGAGCUCCUCAGCCAUGACAUCACGCAUCCUGCUGCGGCAACAGCUGAUGCGGGAGCAGCUCCAGGAGCAGGAGCGGCGGGAGCAGCAGAGACAGCAGGCCGCCCAGUACCCACAAACCACAGCGUCCCAGACCCCCGCCAUCAACGUCACUGUCCCCGUCAGUCUGCCGCCUGCUGCACAGGUGCCGAUGGAGGUGCUGAAGGUGCAAACUCACCUGGAGAACCCAACCAAAUACCACAUCCAGCGCUCCCAGCAGCAGCAGGUGAAGCAGUACCUGGGAAAGCUCGGUUCUCAGGUGUUGAGCUUGCCCUGCCCCAACCAGUCCUCUGACCACGGGGGCAUGCCGCCAGGGCCAGGCAACAGCGCCCCCAACAGCCCUAUGGCCUUACUGACCCUGAACUCGAACUGCGAGAAAGAGGUGACUGGUUCACUCGAGCAUUGUGCUCACUUGUUUGUUUUUGGGUUUUUUUGUGACCCUGUCGCUGUCCGUUACGCUCAUCUUGCGCUUUUGAUGUCCGUUUUGUUUCAGAUGGAUGAUGUCAUUGAUGACAUCAUCAGUCUGGAGUCCAGUUACAGUGAUGAUAUCCUCAAUCUGAUGGACCCAGGACUUCAGAUGGCUAACACGAUCCCUGUGCCUGCUAACCUCAUGGACAUGUAUGGUAAUCAGGGUUUGUCCCAGCAAGGUCUGCCCAUCAGUAACUCCUGCCCUGCUAACCUGCCAAACAUCAAAAGGGAAUAUUCCGUUUCACAGUCCCCGGCUGUCAUGCAUAUGCUGGAUAAGUCUGGAUCCUGUGGCAAAUUUGACAACUAUCAAAGGCCUGACGGGUUCCCUGUGGAAGCUGAGGUAAGAGCAAUGGCAAAGGAAAGGCAGAAGAAAGACAACCACAAUUUGAUUGAAAGAAGAAGACGGUUUAACAUAAAUGAUCGAAUCAAGGAAUUGGGAACUUUAAUUCCAAAAUCCAACGAUCCGGACAUGCGCUGGAACAAAGGUACCAUUCUGAAGGCGUCAGUGGAUUAUAUCAGGAAGCUACAGCGCGAGCAGCAGAGGGCAAAGGAGCUGGAGAACCGCCAGAAAAAGCUGGAGCAUGCCAACAGACAUCUGAUGUUGAGGAUACAGGAGUUGGAGAUGCAGGCUCGGGCUCACGGGCUGGCCAUCACCUCCUCGGCGCUCUGCGCCGCCGAACUCGCAGCGCGGGGCAUCAAGCAGGAGCCCACGCUGGAGGACUGCCACCAGGACCUGUACACGUUCCACCCGCACCACCACCAAAACCACCUGGCCUGCACCACCCCUGAACCACCGGGCACCCUGGAGCUCAGCGACGGCCACGUCAACUACCCGGAGAGCCACUACAGCGUGCACGGCAAGCCCGGCUCCAAACUCAACGACAUCCUCAUGGAAGACACCAUAUCGCCGGUGAGGGGGGGGGACCCCCUGCUCUCGUCCAUCUCCCCAGACACCUCCAAGGACAGUAGCCGCAAGAGCAGUGUGAGCAUGGAUGAGAAUGAGUCACAGGGCUGUUAGCACCCUCUACUGGGAGACACUUCACCUGCAGCAUACAUGUGUAUGGUCCCGUCAGCUGGAGAAGCUCUCUCUCCUCCUUGUGUCAAUUGUUUAUUGUGUAUUUUUUUUGUUUGUUUGUUUUUUUUUAUCCCCAGUUUACAUGCAUCGAAUAUUCUCCAUUUGUGGUUUUUUUUUUUAUAAGAUCUUUGUCUUUUUAAGCCCUUGACCUUGAUUUCAAAGACUGGAUUUAAAAAAAAAAAGAAGUCUGUUUGCUUUAAUCAACACUUUGACAAUGAAGUUUUUAUAUUUAAAAUAUAUAUAUAUAUGCAUUUAUCUUUGGAUAGAGUCUAGAUUGUGUUUAUUUCGAUUGAUUCCAAAGAAUCUAGGGAAGUUCUAAAUCAUGGUCAGACGUGUAGGUAUUUUUUUGUGGUGGAGAUGAACACUGCUUUUUAAAUCACUAGCAAUAAUAGAAGAAGAAAAAAAGAAAAAAGUCUAUUUAUUACUCUAGUGCUUUACACUUCUCGUGUCUUAGAUUGAACUUGAAUGUGCCGAUGCCUUAUUCAGAUGUGUCUACAUCCAUGUCGUUAUUGCUAUGCACAUGUUAGCUGAGUCCACGUCAGUCUUCCGGUUGAACUGGUUCUUUCUUCCUUGAUGAAUAUUAAUCCUUUGUAGAUUUUAAUCUUAUUUAUGUAUCUUUUUGUAAACAGGACUCGUAUGUACACAUUCCCCUUAAAAGAUUUAUUUAUAAUAACAAGGCUUUAAAAAAAAAGAGCCAGCGAUUAAUGAGUAAAAGCACAAACAAUAUAAGCAAUUUUAAGCUAUAAUGUCUCCUUUUUGAUCCUUAAAAUGAACAAAUUCAUUGCUAAUUUUAGUCUUUUUUUUUUUUUUUAGUCCGUUUUGUCGAUUGCACAACAAUCCACCUAGGACGGAGGAAACGCCACACGUCCUUAGACGUAUUACCCAUACAUUCCUCACUGCCAAAACCACUGAAACACUUUAACGACAACAGAUCACACUUCUGAUUUCACUUGAUAGAUCCCAAACGUUUGUUUUUCAUAAUUCAGCAAAUGUUUGACGAUGAAUCAGAACUGGCAAACCUGCGGUAGAUUACAAAUGCGUCAAAAAACACGUGUAGAUUUGUAUUUUUUUUUACGAUUGUCCAUCCAUUUCCUAAAUUAUUGUUUUUAUUUUAUAUAUUUUUUUGUAACACCACCGCAAUGACAUUUCACAUUCAUUCUGUUUUUUCGUUUUGUGUGUUUGGUUUUUUUUGGCCGUUAUUUGACUGCAACGGAGUAUAAGGAGACAGCUUUGAGAUUUUUAAUUGUCAAAAAAAAAGAAAGAAAGAAAGAAAACACUGGAAUGACCUCUGUGAAGUGACACGUGUUUUAGUUUUCUACGCAUAAACUAACUGUUGUCUGUUGGCAUACUGAAUAUUGUAUGAGAUUGUAGGUUGUUGUUACUUUUCUUUGUUUUUCAUAGCACAUUUGCCCUUUUGUUAAGAACUGCCUGCCAUUACAUGCAUCGAGAGCCCGGUUACAGCGCAGCCUCCAUGUUGUUCAACUAUGCAAUGGCUGAAGCUUUUUUUCCUGCAGACUCAAAACUUAUGAGUUGAGUCUAAAACGGCAUCAAAGUGAUUCUCCUUUUCCAUCGAUUCUAGUGCCUUACAGUUUCCGUUACAACCGCUACGCUUUUCUUUCAUGUUGAUUUUUUGCUGGUUUUGUCGCUUCACCCGUAGAUUACUGUAGAGACGCCACGCACCAGAAGAAUCACUGGACCUUUUUUUUGUUUUUUUUUGUUAGUGUUUGAUUUGGAAUAGAUUUAAAAACAAGACGUCGCUGAGUCAUUAAUCCUAAACGUGAAUAGACUGAAAUCUAUAUAAUUAAUAUAAUAAGUUAUUUAAUCAUUCUUAUUCUCGUAGCAGAUGAGUUAUUUAUUUUUUGUUUGUUUUUAUUUCAGUGAAGUUUAAAGUGUUUAUUUUAAAGUGCCUUUUUUUGUGUUCAAAUGUCUGUUUUAUUUGAUAUACAACAAUAAUAAUAAUAAAAAAAAGUUUGUUAUGACAAUAAGAAUGAUGAUUCAACUUUUCAUAGAGAUGCUUCCAAGUUUAUUUGUAUUUAUAAAAACAGUAUUGCCCUAUUAUUUGUAACGGCUGGAGCCCAAACUAUGAGCAACUGUUGGAUUUAUUGCUAUGAAAUUCUGUUCAGACGCUUGUUUUGCCCACAUGUUGAAUCCCAAACUCAUAAUUGUCAUGUUGUGAAACAUCUAACGUGACAAUUAUUGGAUUGAUUGCCACGAAAUUUGGUUCAAACUGUCUCAUCUCUCACGGAAUUCAUUUUGGGUAACCCGCAAUUGCCUCGUUUCACAUUCAUCACAGUCUCCUAUACGUGAUGAUGUGACUAUUUAUUUCCCCCAAUUUUAUUAUUAUUAUAUUAUUAUUUAUAUAGAAAACCUUGGUGCUCCAUAGAUUUUUCUUUUUUUUUCCUUGUAUCCUUUACAUCCUCAAGGUCAAAUUCUACACUGAAUUUUUUUUUUGUUUGUUUGUUUUUUUUCUUCCAAAGUUGUACUGAAUAUUCAAGAUCAUUUAUGAGAUUUGGGAUGAAUGUAGUUCAUAGUGACGACUGCCAAAACAUGUUGCCAAAGGUUUAUAUUCUAUAAAAAUAUGUUAAACAGCUGAGGUGAAGUGUCAGCAUCCCUUCAGCAUCUCACAGUACACGACUGAGGUUCAUUGAGAAAGUUCUCAAAAACUGAAAAACACACACACA